AUUUAAUCGGUUAAAUUAUUUGAAAUCUGUGUACACCAGUCUCAAAAUGGCGGACAAGAAGAAGCCUGGAAAGGAAGAAAAAGAAAUCGUUGUUGCGAAAAAUGCUGCAGAAUUACAGAGAAUUCGACUCGAAAAAUUAAUGAAUAGAGUGGAAAAACCUGUUUUCAUUCCGGAAAAGUCCAAGGAUUAUAAACCAAGGGAUCCCCUCGAGUUUGUCCGAAAUGUUUGGGGAUCGAGUGCCGGAGCUGGGAGUGGUGACUUUCACGUGUAUAGAGGUGUGCGGCGGAGAGAGUACGCUCGACAGAAGUUUGACAAAGAGAAAAAUGAAAAGGAGACUGCAGAGGAGGCCUACCAGCGGAAGGUUGUGGAGAACAUGAAGCAGGCAGAAGAGAGGACUGCAAAGAAACGUGCUAAGAGGCAAAAGAAGAAGCAGAAACAGAAAAACAAGAAACAGAAAACGGAACAGAAAGACGAUGAAUCUGAGAGUGAGGAAGAGGAGGACAAUGAGACAGGGGCAGAUAACUCUACAGAAAAGGAAGAUAAAUUAUCAGACAAUGGAGGUAAUCCAAGUUCGUGUCAGGCUGAUAGAGAGGACGCUGGGUCGGAGGAUGCUGAGAAUGCAGAUGAAAUUGAUAGUCAGCAUAAGGAUGAGUCUGUCACAGUUAAAACUGAACAAUGUGAUGACACUGACAAUGAUCUCCAUGAGGAUAAUAGUGAAGCAAGGGGUGACAGUGUUGAAGCACAGGUGAAAUCAGAAACAGACAGUGAACCUUCAAAUGAAAACACCUGAACUUUACCAUGAGAGAGAAAACAUCAGAAAUUGGGGGCAUACCUUCAAUCAAGAAAAUGAUGGCUUUUGUUACAAUCACUUAUCUCUAAGUACAUGAGGAUAGAUUUCAUUUAAAUGGAACACAGAACUUGGCACUUAGGUUGCGGACAUUACAAAGUGAAUGUGGCUAAAUAGCAGUUUUUACAUUGUUGGUUUACAGGUUUAAAUAUGUUAUAUUUAUCCUGGAUUAAGUGUUGAUGAAACUUUGAGCCCUGAUGACAAUAUAAAAUCAAACACAACAAAAGAACUUAUAACUUUUUUGCAGAGUGAUUUCUCAUUAUCCUUUGAUUUUCUUCAAAUUUUGUCCCUGGUAUAUCUCAGAAAUUGCAUUAAGCUUGGAAUACUGAUAGAUGGCAGGGACAGCAAGACUUAUGUGAAGCUGAAAUAGUUAUCACUUGGGGUGAUUUGAUGUAAAGUUAUCCCCCCUUGUUUAUUUUUUAUAGAGAAAAUUCUGCAGGAACAUCACAUUACUUAAAAGAAACGAAAACUAUUUAAAGCAGUCUUUAAACACUAACUUCAUACAGUGCAUGGUUGAUAACUCUUGGUGAUUUAUCAUCCCUUGUACUUAUUUUUUAUCCAACAAUUUUUUUUCAAAAUCCUUACAGGUAAACUAUUGAAAGGAAUUUCAAGAAACUUCAGACAUUGAUCGAUGACAAUAUGAAAUUGUGGUCUGGGCAAAAUUAAUAACUCUUUGACACAUUGUUGCAAAUUGAUCGCUGCAUGUAAUUUAAUUUUCUUCAGUAGUUACUCAAGUCUGAUUUAUCACUCUGAAAUUUCUGAAAGGUCUUAAUAAAAUGUUCAAAAUUC